GAAGCGCCACUUUCCCCCUUGCUCCCUGCCCAGAGCCGAGACCUCGUCUCUUCACCAGAGGGCAUCUGAACCCGGCUGCCGGGCGGGAAGGGACAGCCCCGGGAAACUACAGCUCCCAGAGAUCCUUGUCGAGGGAAAAAACCUUUGGCUUUGACAGCAGCCGCCACAAGUCUUUCCGCCUCCAAGUCUGGCUUGCAGAGCGGAGAGAUUAUGGUGGACUGACACCGCUGCCUGCAGACGGACCCCGCCGGAGGGUUUCCCAUGCUCCAACUAACCAAAAGAAGAAGGAAAAAGCCAUCCUCCUGGCAUGCCUGCUGCUCCCGGGGGCCUCCCGCCUCGCCUGCCUGCUUGAUGUCUUCUCCCGUCCAUACAGCCAUCGCUACACCCAUGUAUUUUUCAUGCUGGAAGUCUCGAUGCCCCCGAGCCGCUGCUGGUGACCGCGGGGCGGCUAUGAAGUAGCCCUCGGGCAGCUGAGUACGACGCGCCGUCCUCCCGGCCCGCAUGCAUUUCUCUUUGCGAAGGGAAGGGUUUUCUUGAAGGCGAAGCCAGCGACCGCCGCCUCCAGACCCCACUGCGAGGGACGGACUCUCGCCGACAUGGCUCGCGUGUUGCCCUGGCUGCUGCUGUGCCUGGGCUCCGGCGUGGUGCGAGCCGGCCGCGCGCAGCUGGGGAUCCUCGUGCCGCUGCGCAACGGGCUGGGGCCCCCGGCCCAGGGCCACCGGCUGCAGCGAGCCGCCGAGGGGGAGCAGGAGGACUCCAAGCAAGGGAGCAAUUUUGUGGACAUGAUAGAUAACUUGCGGGGCAAGUCCGGGCAGGGCUACUAUGUGGAGAUGACUGUCGGGAGCCCCCCGCAGAAGCUGAACAUCCUGGUGGACACAGGCAGCAGCAACUUUGCAGUUGGGGCAGCACCUCACCCGUUCCUGCAGAGGUACUACCAGCGGCAGCUGUCCAGCACCUACCGGGACCUGCGGAAGGGCGUCUACGUGCCGUACACCCAGGGCAAGUGGGAGGGGGAGCUCGGGACCGACCUGGUCACCAUCCCCCACGGCCCCAGUGUCACCGUCCGAGCCAACAUUGCAGCCAUCACCAAGUCGGACAAGUUCUUCAUCAACGGCUCCAACUGGGAGGGGAUCCUGGGGCUGGCCUACGCUGAGAUCGCCCGGCCUGAUGACAGCUUGGAGCCCUUCUUCGACUCAUUGGUGAAGCACACCCGCGUCCCCAACAUCUUCUCCCUGCAGCUGUGCGGGGCAGGCUUCUCCCCCAACGAGUCCGAGGCCUUGGCAUCAGUUGGCGGCAGCAUGAUCAUCGGCGGCAUCGACCAUUCCCUCUAUGUCGGCAGCAUCUGGUACACCCCCAUCAGGAAGGAGUGGUACUACGAGGUCAUCAUUGUCAAGGUCGAGAUCAACGGGCAGGACCUGAAGAUGGACUGCAAAGAGUACAACUACGACAAGAGCAUUGUGGACAGCGGGACCACCAACCUCCGGCUGCCGAAGAAGGUGUUCGAGGCUGCGGUCAAGUCCAUCAAAACAGCAUCUUCGACGGAGAAGUUCCCCGACGGCUUCUGGCUGGGGGAGCAACUGGUGUGCUGGCAGGUUGGCACCACCCCCUGGCACAUCUUCCCCGUCAUCUCACUCUAUUUGAUGGGCGAGGCCACCAACCAGUCCUUCCGGAUCACCAUCCUGCCCCAGCAAUACCUGCGCCCCGUGGAGGAUGUGGCCACCUCCCAGGAUGACUGCUACAAGUUCGCCAUCUCACAGUCCUCCACUGGCACCGUCAUGGGCGCCGUCAUCAUGGAGGGCUUCUACGUCGUCUUCGACCGGGCCCGCAAGCGCAUCGGCUUUGCAGUCAGCACCUGCCACGUGCACGACGAGUUCCGGCGGGCGGCGGUGGAGGGGCCGUACCUGCACCCCGACAUGGCGGACUGCGGCUACAACAUCCCGCAGACGGACGAGUCCACACUGAUGACCAUCGCCUAUGUCAUGGCGGCCUGCGGCGGGACCACGACGACUUUGCCGACGACAUAUCCUUGCUCAAGUGACGCCUGCCCCGCAGGCCGAGGGGGCUGCUGGAGCCUGCUCCUGGGGGGCCCGGAGCCAGGGCGGGAGCAGGCACAGCUCUGA